CGCGCGCGCGCGCGCUUGCAUGUAGCAGUCUUGUCGGUGUGUGUGUGGUGUGUGCUGUGAGUUUGUGAUCUUUUCGGGAGACUGCAUGCGUGUGUAUCAGCAUCAAAACCAGGGUAGAGAAAAGGCAGGGGAACAGGGAGGGUGAAAGUGAAUCAGGAGAGAUUAAGAGCGAGAGAAAAAGAAGACCCAAGUUCAAACCGACCACGCGAGAUGUAUCCAGAGAAUCGCCCAUCUGGGUUCCUGCCCAAGCCCCAAACAGCCAGGACUAGGAAGGCUACAGGAAGAGCAGCGCUUGCCAAGGAAUUUUCCAAGUGUGUGAACACCAAGACUUCGUGGUUCCUGGGGUCAGCGCAGGGGCCCACAAGUGGGAUUUGAGGAUCCGCUGCACGACGGGCCAUGGCAGGCCAGGCCCUAUACCUCCAUGUGGCCACGCUGCUGACCGGGCUGCUGGAAUGUCUUGGCUUUGCAGGCGUCGUCUUUGGCUGGGCUUCGCUGGUGUUCGUCUUCAAAACAGAGAACUACUUUAAGGAGCUGUGUGAACCGAACGUGGGGCCAACGGGCAAUGCCACGGGGCAGGCGGCCUGCAGAGCCCAGGAUGAGAGGUUCUCUCUCGUCUUCACCCUGGUGUCCUUUGUGAUUAACUUCAUGACAUUCCCCACCGGCUACAUCUUUGACCGUUUCAAAACCACCAUGACCCGCCUCAUAGCCAUAUUUCUCUACACCAGUGCGACACUCACCAUAGCAUUCACCUCUGCAGACACAGCUGUGCUUCUCUUCCUGGCCAUGCCCAUGCUUAGUGUGGGAGGAAUCCUGUUUCUGAUCACCAACCUGCAGGUUGGGAACCUCUUUGGCAAACACCGAUCCACCAUCAUCACCCUCUACAAUGGGGCAUUUGACUCUUCCUCUGCAGUCUUCCUUAUCAUUAAGCUCCUCUAUGAACAGGGCAUCAGCCUCAGGGCAUCCUUCCUCUUCAUCUCUGUCUGCAGUACCUGGCAUGUAGGGCGUACUUUCCUCCUGAUGCCCCGUGGGCAUAUCCCCUAUCCGCUGCCCCCUGACUACCGCUAUGGCCUAUGUUCUGGGAGUGGCACCAAAAAGAAGGAGAAGAAACCAGUUGAGGCCCAAAAGAUGGAGCAACAGUCAAAGGAGCCCCUUUCAUCGAAGGAAGAGACGCCAGGACAGCAGCCAGAAGCCCGCUCUUUCUGGAGCUAUGUGUUCUCUCGGCGCUUUGCCUGGCACCUGGUGUGGCUGUCUAUGAUACAGUUGUGGCACUACCUCUUCAUCGGCACCCUCAACUCUCUGCUCACCACCUUGGCCGGCGGGGACAGGGCAGUAGUCAGCACCUACACAAAUGCAUUCGCCGUCACUCAGUUCUUCGGAGUGCUGUUUGCCCCCUGGAAUGGCUUGCUCAUGGACCAGCUUAAACAGAAGUACCAGAAGGAAGCGAGAAAGACGGGUUCUUCAGCCUCAAUGGUAGCCCUUUGCUCGACGGUGCCCUCGCUGGCCCUGACAUCCCUGCUGUGUCUGGGCUUUGCUCUCUGUGCCUCAGUCCCCGUCCUCCCCCUCCAGUACCUCACCUUCAUCCUGCAGGUGAUCAGCCGCUCCUUCCUCUAUGGGGGCAAUGCUGCCUUCCUCACCAUCGCUUUCCCUUCGGAGCACUUUGGGAAGCUCCUUGGGUUGGUGAUGGCCUUGUCGGCCUUCGUCUCUCUGCUCCAGUUUCCCAUCUUCACCCUCAUCAAAGGGCCCCUCCAAGGUGACCCAUUCUAUGUGAUCGUGACGCUGGUCCUUGUCACCCUUCUGACACUCGUCCACCCCUUCCUGGUGUACCGGGAGUGCAAAGCGCAGAGAGAAAGCCCCUCUGCUGCCUUCUAGUACAGAAGCUGUCCCUCUCCUGCGUCUUUCCCCACCUUCUAGAACACUACAAGUCCAAAAAGACUUUGCCUACUAAGGCUACUUUUAUUAAGUAGCCAGCCAUUUUUAUUGCAAAAAAAAGAAAAAAAAAAAAAAGAUAUAUUUAACCACCAGCCACAACUUCUGAUCAGCAAGAGAAGAAUCCUCAGUUGCUGAACUGGCUGAUACCAUACGGACCCCAAGAAAGGCACGUGGAAGUUCUCCUGAGAGUCAAAGCAGGGGUGUCUCCCAGCACAAACCUUGGCAGACUCUUGAUGGAGGGGAGGUGCUGGUGGAGGAAGGGGUGUGUCACCUCCUCCUUAGGCCUGUGUGCCUAGAAAGACUAUGUUCUUUAAUGCAGUCUUGUAGGGGCAGACUUAUUAUGGGCGGGAUCUUUUGAUUAGGUUGUUUCCAUGGAGAUGUGACCCACCCAACCAUGGGCAAGACCUUUUGAUUAGAUUAUUUCUAUGGAGGUGUGACCCUGCCAAUUUUAAGGGGGAUCUUGAUUAAUUUGCUGGAGUCCUUAAGAGAGCUCAGGGGCUGACACAGACCCAGAUGCUUGGAGAUGCAGACGGAAAGACAUUUGGAGAUGCUACGCUAAGAGAUGAAGCUCAGAGUUUGCCCCAGAGAAGCUAAGAGAGGACCCCUGGACAGUUAGAGACAAACGCAUUGGCAGAAUAAGCAAGGACACACAGGAGCUGAGAGAGAGAAGUUAAGAGAGACAGAAGCCCAGAAGUUUUGAAGAAAGUCAUUUUGAAACCAGAACUUGGGAGCAGAGGACCCUGCAGACGCCAGCCACAUGCCUCCCCAGCUGACAGAAGUGUUCCAGACGCCAUCAGCCUUUCUUCAGGGAAGAAGGGGAAGGUAUUCUCUUGCUAAUUCCUUAGUCUGGACACUGUCUUGGCCUUAGAACUGUAAAUUUGUAACCUAAUAAACCCUUUUUAUAAAAGC